AUGACUACCUCUUCCAUCAAGAUCAACUUCCAGGGCACUUCACGCGACGUGAACGUUCCGGUUCCGGUUACGCUCGCCAGCCUCCAAGCGGCCAUCGCCGGCGCCUUCGAUGCUGAGCUGCCUGUCCGCUCUCCGGCUGGCGAGGCCGCCAAGGACACCGACCUGUCCUUCACGUACAAGGAUCCCGACGGGGACGACAUCGUGUUCGACAAGGAUUCCGAGCUGAACUUGGCCGUGCGCCUGUGCCCGGGCUCGCUCGAGAUCUCGGCUGCCGGCAAGGAAAACAAGCCUGCUAACAAGCCCGACCCCGAAGCGAGGCUGUACAAGAUCGCCGCCCGUAACCUGCGCGAGUACAACGGCGUGCCCUCCAUGACCCCGCUUAAGCUUGUCAAGACCCUGGCUUUCCUCGAGCUGAACCCGCAACGCCUCGUCAAGCAGGGCCUCGCUCCCAAGGUUCUUCUGGCUCGCAUGAAGGCCGAAGCCGCCAACAACGCCAAGGUAUCGAAGGUUCCUCUUGGUGACGGCAAGAACAACGAGGAUCUCGCCGAAUCGGUCGCCGCCGGCAUGGAACUGAUGAGCGUGGAGGACGACAAGAAGGAAUGGAACGACGGCUUCGUGUCCGUCGAGCCCGCAGAUACUUCCUCCCCUGGCAACGACAACGAGGAGAAGAACGACGCCGUUGCGCCUGAGGUCAAGAAGAACCUCAUCCACAAGGCCUUCAUCGCAGGCGGCAUUCAGCUCCGCCCCCGCGAGGUCCGACCCCUGCUCGUCGCCCUGGACGUCCGCCCCUGCCGGCUGGCCAAGCUCGGCCUCGUCAACGGCAAGGAUCUCCGCGCCAUGCUCCAAGCCGAGAAGAAGGUCGCCCACAAGCGUCGCGGCCAUGACAACAACAACGAUGACACCGCCGCCCUCCACCAACGCCGCCACCACCACCGCGACUACCACCGGCAGCAGCACCGCAUGGCAGGCCGCCCCCACCCCUUCGCCCCGCCUCCCCCUCCCCCCCCGGCUCACCAGGAGGUCGGCGACGCCAUGUUUGCCGCGCGCGGCGGCGGCGGCGGCGGCGGCCGCCACGGUGCCCCUCACCGCCACGGUGCCCCUCACCGCCACGGCCCCGCUCACCUCCACGGCGGUGCCCCGCACCACCACGGCCCGCCCCCUCCGAUGAAAAGGAUGAUGCGCGGCGGCCGCCCCCACCCCUUCGCCCCCCCCCCUCCCCCGGCUCACAUGGAGGACGACCACGAGGCGCCCGGUGGCGGAGGCGGUGGUCGCCGCGGUGGCCCUCUCUUCCACCCGGCCCACCAGCACUACGCGGAGGUGUUCGACGAGGAUGAGGGAGGCCACCCCGGUUUCCACCCCCACCAUGGCCCUCCUCGCUGGAUGGCGAUCCGCAGGGCUCACGGCGGUGGUGGCUACGGUGGUGGCUACGUCGGUGUCUUCGGCGGCGGUGUUGGCCAGCAGCAGCGCAGGGACUACUACUGGGGGUGAGCAUCUUCGUCACCGUCAAGCCGAAGGAGGAGGAGCCUAGCCGUCUACUACCGUUCUACUCUCUCUUUGUUCCGCGUGUCGUGGGGCAAGAUUGAAGGACGGCAUGAGAGUAGUUGAGUUGGUGUAGCCUUGUCUUUCGGUACUAUUUGCAAUUGGGCAGAAGCCUCCCUCGGAAACACUGAUACGAGGGGUGGAGAACGGAAGGUUUUAGUAGACGAGAACCGUUUCACCGUUUGGCUUCUGCACUCAUGCAGCACUACGAUAGGCGUAUAUGCUCGAAAUAUAUUUCAAAAUCAAACUGUCUGAUUUUUUUGAGUUUGGCCUUUCGUGGUUUAUUUGUUUUUUUCUGUGCUCUCGUUGUUAAGAUAAUCGUUUGUUUGCGUGUCGUAUAUAGUCGCUGUGCGAACCAGAGCGUAACAUACCUUGUAGCUGAUUGCGAGCGGGGUAAAGCAACGAGAUUGUUACGCAGUUGGCAUGCGGCAUUAGAUUGUUGCAGCGGUUGGGCUGAUCUCGUUUUCGGACGGGGAGAGGAGUAAAGCUCGCGGAGUAUUACCUAAUACCUGCGGAAUGAAAGUGGAUAAGGAAGGACUGCUGCACCCACUACCCACUACGGGUAUUACAUCAGGAGUUUAAGGGAGGCACACGUCGCGCAGCGGUGUGUCGGUUGCAUAGUUUGGAGUGGUGGUCAAAGCGACGUACGAGCGGCGUCGAGUGCAUGCGCAGUUUGCGGUUUUGAUAGUCGGAACGCUUGCCAUGUUGAUUUUUCGGACUGGAAAGUUGUCGAUCAGUGAAUGGUAGUAGUCGUAUCGAUGUGGGCAUGGGAGAGAGACGAGAGAGGAGGGAGAGCGAGUUCCGCUCACUGUGUGGCGAGAGAAGAAAUAUGGAAGGACCCAAGAGGUCCU